GGAGGAAGAAGGUGGGUGAAGAAAAAUGAGCCAUCUUCGUGAGGUCGAAGCUGCAGUGUAGCGAUGCCGAGACACUGCUCGGCUGGAGGCUGCAAAUCUCGGGACAACCGCGAGACUCGUAACGCUGGUAUCACCUUUCACAAAUUACCAAAGGGAGCCACUCGGAGGAACCUGUGGAUCACCAACUCCCACCGUGCGGACUCCUGGGACCCUCAGACGGACUUCGUCUACUUCUGUUCCAAACACUUCACCCCAGAGAGCUUCGAGCUGACCGGCUGCAGUGGCAUCAGGCGGCUGAAGGAAGACGCUUUUCCUACAGUGUUUGACUCGACCUCAACGACCAAAUGCAAACGAGCAGGAACACCACAGAGACAGGAAGUCCCUCCUGUCAGGAAGAGACUCUGCUCAGGCGACCAGGAGCCCAGUCAGCAGGAAGCAGAGCGGCGGGGUCAGACCUCAGAGGAUCCCACAGGUCAGAGGUCAGCGGCGUCUGAGCAGACUCAUGAAAACAAACCUGCAUCUGCUCACGAACCCUCAGAGCUCACAGAGCGAGAACACGCCGCCUCACCGCCGCCGCAGGCUCGUCCCCUCUCCCCGUCACAGUACAUGAGGCGCCUGCCCCCUCCUCCGGGCUUCUACCUGUCGAAGGAGCACAGCUACGCUCAGCUCUGCCCCCUGCUGUGGAGGAGACGCUACGACCAGGCUAUCGACUGCCUGGAGAAGGCCUUAAGACAGCUGCAUGCCGCCCGGCGGAGGGAGAACCGGCUGCGCAGCACCGUGCUGAGGCUGCGUGAUAAACGGCUGAAACACACUGUGCUCGUGUCACAAGACGGUUGUAAGAGCAGGGGGAGCUGGACGCCAGGGGGGGAGCGGAGACGAGGUAGAGGAGGCUCUCACCAGGAGGAGAGUGAGACUGAUGCUAAAUGUGAGGACACGGGGCUGUUUGAGGACAGAUGUGUGGAUCACAUGGAGCUGGGCUGGUCUGAGGAGGAGAAGGGAUUCUGCUUUUACUGCGGGAGGGGGCAGGUCCAGGCGGGUCAGGUCGCACACACACUUUCAAAGACUGAGAAAAAUGUCCAGCCCACAGAGCAUGAGGACUCGGACAGGACUCAGAGAGAGGAACAUACCAAAGACACACAGAGAGUCCGGCUGGAACCACCGCCGGGAAAAAAAGUAGAAAUCAACGACUCAGAUGUUGCACAGUCCCAGGUCCUGCUCCAGACCCCCCGUCUCCACCAUGUGAUCCCUGCCGCAGCGCCUCCGCCUGAUAGUCUACAGCUCUCCGACACGUGUGAGGGGGAGUCUGACGCCGCGGCUCAGGAGCAUCACCUGGACCUGCAGCAGCAGCUGUUCUGGAUCCAGGACGGCGCCGAGGGUCAGGUCAUCCUGGUGCCUGUCCCCGCUGAGGACGGAUCACCAGGCUUUCUCAGGAUGGAGGGGGUCGUUGACGAAGCACAAACCAUACUGGUGUCACAACUGGAUCUCAAAGGAGACCCGAGUGGAGGUCUGGCCUGUGAUGACGACCACGAGCCGCUGACUGUCAUCAACAGAGAAGAUGUGAGGGAGAAACUGAAGGAACACCUGGAGGGAUUCCACCUUCAGCUGAGCACAGAGUUCAUAAACUGACACCACGCCAUCUGAGCAUUCCACGCCAUCCAACACGCUGACUGUUGUUGCUGAGGGACCCGGGCCGCUGGGACACGCCUCCGCCUCAGACGCCAUGUUGUUGUGGAGCCACGGAGACAGACUCGGUGCUUAGUCACGUGUUUUUCUGGGUGUUUGUGCGUGUGGAGACAAACCGGCAGUGAAUGUCUCAUCCUCAGAGGUGUGUGAUGUCUGAGUCACACACACACACACACUGUAGUUUAUCUUGACCCAGUUCCACACACACCGUCCUGCUGCCCCAGAUACUCACCACAUGUGGAUCAAUCCGCCGCUGAAAAUAGUCCCCAACAAAUGCACCGUUUCCUCCUGUUUGAUAAAAACUGCAG